AUGUCCGCAGAACUCGCUCUCGCAGUUGUCAGCGUCGUCGACAUUUGCAUCAAGCUUGCCAACAAGACCUUGCGCAUCUGCCAAGCUUUCAGGACUGCGAAGAAAGAUCUCUGUGAUCAGGUGCUUUUACUCGAAACAAUUUGGACGAAACUUGAGAUACAGCUCGUUUUCCUCCGCGGGAUCAAAGAUCAUCUGACUGAAGAACUUGCACAAUGUCAUUUUGAUCUUCUCCAAAGACUACACGGAACUCUGCUACAGGCGGUAUCUCAGCUCGAAGCAGCGGCUUCAUCGAUAGUCGCCUCCACAAGUACUGGACAGGGACAUGUGCUGACCAGAAUGCUUCAGCUUGACAGGUGGAGAUAUGCUGUGGCCAAAAGAGGGUUGGAUGCGUUGAUGACGGAGUUACAGUGCUGGCAAAGUCUGUUCGAUCCAUCGUGGUAUACGAUUAUGCUCAUCGGCGGCAAGGUCUUGGACCCGGCACUGCAGCAGUUAGGACAAGAUAGAUCCCGACAGCUACCACACAAACAAUCUCCCGCAAGCCCUCUGGAUCACAUGUUUGCGUUAAGAAAGGCCAUCGAUUACACGAUCAACACCGAUAUCAGAAGCGCGAAUAGCAUCGUCAUGGAUGAGACAGGAUGGGACUUUACCACAGCAACCAGCAUUCCUUUUUCAAGCGUCAACGUUGUGGCCCGACCGAAAUCUCAAAGUCUGUAUGUCAUGGAAGGCCUUGGUACUGCCCCAAAUACCAACACAAACACUACAUCGGAUGCCUAUCAACUAUGCAGGAGACUCCAGAGCGUUGACCCAAGCAUAUUUGGCCUUCUACGCUGCAAGGGUCUCUUAGAGAUUAUUGACGACAACAAGACCUUUCCCCCCGGCCCCCAGAUUGUGUAUCAUACUCCGGCCCAGGCAGACCCUCUCAAGCCGCCUACAACCCUUCGCAGUCUCUUACUUGAGCAAAGACCUGUUUGUCUCAGUUCGGUCAUCGUACUGGCAAAACAGCUUGUUCGUUCUGUCAGCUUCGUGCACACCUGCGACUUGGUACACAAGAAUAUUCGUCCGGACAAUAUUCUGCUGUUCCCAACAGCUCUUGCUUCUCUGCGACCUCUGGAACUGGGUCAGGCUUUUCUUGUCGGCUUCUCGCAAUUUCGAAGCAUCAACAUGGAGACGAACCGCCUCGGCGACACAGCCUGGUCAGUUCACAGGGAGCCCAAAAUGGUCAAACCUCAUACACUCGUCAUAGGGGCAUUCGCACUUUUUGGCAGUGUCAAAGCCGUUACUGUCGGCUCAACCAAGCAUGACCCAAAGCCCGGCCCAGCAUGUCUCUCUCCAAAAGCCGUCCAGAGCGCAAGCUUGUAUACCGGAUUGGAGGAAGGAACAACGGGAAUUCGACCAGGCUUGUCAAAAUCGGACACAAAUCCGAGCAACUUUAUCAACUUCUGCGUUGGUCAAACUCUCACCAAUGGCCGUCAGAAUUCGGCUGGAUCCUGCAAUGGCAUACCCAUGGGGAAGAUACCGGCCUCGUCUAACAUGAUCACGUCCAUCAUCACCCAUCCGCAACCGGGUGACAUUAUCCCUGCGCAAAAGACGUUCAAUGUCACGAUCCAAACCCGCCAUUUGAGGGCUGGAUUUCUCGUGAAUCCCAGCGUUGCAUAUUACACUGCCCCUCAAGACCUCGAUGAGAACGGCGAUAUCAUUGGGCACUGUCACAUCACCAUUCAGAACAUUGGAAGUCUCCGUUCUGUCAACCCUCCCGACCCGACUAAAUUUGCCUACUUUAAGGGUGUGGAUGAUGAAGGCAAUGGGAAGGGCGGUUUGCAGGCUGAGGUAACGGGUGGUUUGCUGGAGGGCGUGUACCGCGUAUGCACCAUCAUAUCUGCUAGGAACCAUCAGCCAGUGGUCAUGCCUAUUGCGCAGCGGGGAUCGCAGGAUGACUGCACCAAGUUUGUUGUUCAGAAGGCCGAAUAGGCUAGACGAAACGAAUGGGAGAGGGGUCUGGUACCUUUCUCACCCUGGGAACCUACUAGACAGCCAUGUCGCGGAGACAUAAUAGACACUAUCACUUUGAGAUGAGGGCCAUUGAAGAUCACCAGCAAGCCUUGAAAGAUAGUUGAUACGCAUUAGAAGAUACUUGAUACAUCGAUAAAGAAAGUCAAAAGGUCUUUAAAAGUACUUUA